GCGCGAGCGCAGCUGCGUAAGCCGACUCGGUUUUAUGUUUAAUAUCCAUCUCUCGCCUUGCGCAGUCAGUAUCUUGCCUUGCAUUGCUCUGCGCCAAUAACAAUCAAUACAACAAUGUCCCGACCUGUUGGAUAUCUCACCAGAAAGGAGUCCAUAUCGUCCUGCCACAGGCUUCACAGUCCACAUCUCAGCGACGAAGAGAACAAAAAUGUUUAUGGAAAGUGCAAUAAUUAUUGGGGCCAUGGACACAACUAUACCGUCGAAGUAACCGUACGUGGACCCGUAGACCCUAAAACAGGAAUGGUCAUGAACAUUUCGGACUUGAAAGUCUACAUGAAAAAGAUACUCAUGGACCAGUUGGACCACAAAAAUUUGGACAAGGACGUUCCGUACUUUAAGAACGUUGUGUCAACCACUGAAAACGUUGCGAUUUAUGUAUUCGACGAAAUCAAAAAGUUGCUGCCGAAACCUGAACUACUCUACGAAGUUAAAAUUUUCGAAACUGAUAACAACAUCGUCAUUUACAGGGGAGAGUCCAUGUAACGUAGCUAAGUUCAGCCACGAUUACAUAUUUUUUUCUUUCAUUUUUUUUAUGCUUUUGAUAAUCCACUUUUGAUGGUUAUUUACCUCAAUGUUUUUGAAAUAUUUUCAUGACUUCAAGUAUAUACGUACAAUGUUCCACCGUUAAGUGUUCUGAAUAAAAAUAUUUUUUCAUUA